UAAAUAUUUAAAUGGCCUUUAUGGACGAAGAACUUAAAAUGCCUGAGUCAGGAGCUGAAUUAGAACAAGACGAUGAAAGAAACCUAGAUAUCUACGGAGAAGGAGAAUUCACUGACGCUUUCUUCAAGACCUUAAUGAGAGUUCAGAAUAACGUGGUAAAUCUUCCAGGCAAAAAGGAGCAUUUUGACAUUUAUCUUGCUAAGAAAAUUUACCCUGUCCUUGUCCCUGGUCUUGAGAGCUUAUCAAAAGAAGUAGAAAGACUCAUGCAAGACGAAGGACAAAUCGAUUCUUCUAUCAAGGAAAGAUUCAAUCCUUGUAUUUUCCUUGCAGAAUACCUUAUGAGCAAUAACCCUAAAUACGGUCAUCAAAAGGAAUAUACUGAAGUUUUUGAAAAAUAUGCCAGAAUCGAGCGAAACCGCCGCUUCUGGAGUGAAGAAAGACAGAACUUCCUCAGAGAAUUCAUGGGACAGAGCUACCAAAGCAACUUCACUAUCCAGCACAUUGAGGAAUUCGUAGAACUGAUUGAUAAGUACCUCAAUGCCGAAGGCACAAUUAAAGAUGCUACUAAAGUCAAAGAUCUCUUCAGGUUCUUAGAUGAAGACCAGGUGAUCAAGUUCGAAGAAUUCUACGAAAUCUUCUCUAGAAACCUCAUCGAUUGAAAUACAAUAGACUAUGAGAAAAUCACUGAAACUGCGGAGGAGCAGCAGAAGAAGAGAGACACUGAGAAAUUUAAAAAGAAAAUUGAUAGACUAAUCUAA